CUGUGCUUUUCCAAUGCUUUUAAAAUAAAAACAAUAUUAUUUUCUAUCUUUUUAAAAAAUACGUUACUUUUAAAAAUUAGUAACUAGUAACGAUAAACAAUUAUUUUUAGAAAGAAACUUUCUCAAUCCUAAUUCUUAUAUUCACCGCAUUCUUGUAGUUACCGCAUUUGUUAAUCACUUUGUUAAUAAAAUUGAAAAGUUAUAUUUAAUUUUUACUUGUAAAACAUUGUUCUCAUGCUAUUUUAUUACCUUAAAUUAUUACGGAUUUCUAAACCGCUAAUUUUAUUUUGAUGGAAUUAUUCAAGAUAAUGCUUUUGCGGUGUACACACAAAAUGAAAGUUUAAUGCAUAAGAAUACAAAUUACAAGUUGAACUGUGUUAUCGCGAGAAAGUAUAAUAACUGAUCACACGCUUCUGUCAUUAAGAGAUAGAUUGUGAAGUUUCCGCAUUUGCUUUGUUGAAGCCACCGAUAUUCGAAUGCAUUCUAGGAAACUAUGUCAGUAGGCCAAUCUUCGCAAAUAAUUAUACAACAAGUAAAUGAGCGAACAUUUACAUUUACAUUUGAAAUUCAUGAAAACGCAGCUUUCGUUGGAGAUAACAAAACACAAUGUCAGACGUAAAAUUGCUACAAAAAUGUGUCUCAGUGCAUACAAAACGAUUUAAGAAACAAAAUUUGAUCUUUAACAUUUUCUAAUAAUAUAAACAUUUUUUAAAUAUUUCUCUUAAUGCAGAAAUUAAUAAUAAUUUCUGCAAUAAUAACUGCAAACAAAAAAAAUAAAUUUAUAUUUAAACAUUUUUUAUAUAAUUUAUAUUUAUGCCCAUGAUAAAAAUGAUCAAAACAUCACAAAUUUCUCUUUUCGAGAAAUAUAUCACUUUUUUUAUUUUAGAUCACUUUUAAAACACUUUUUUUGGACCAUUUUUUUCUUGGCUUAGAUCACUUUCAUAAUUAUCGAUAAAUAUACAAUUUUUUUAAACGUUUUUUUAAACGUUUAUAAAAAUUUUAAUAAUUAAUCUACUAUUAUAAAAGCCAUAUACAUUUUAUAUUUGUUACUAUUCUACUAUUGAAGAAAAAUAAUGCAAUUAUUCAAAUGUUAAAUGAGAGGAUAAAUGACUAAGCUAUCCUUACAUUUCUCUCUAUUAUAUUUCUCAUAUUUUCUUAUUUAAAAAAUAUAUUUAUAUCUUUUUAAUAUCCAGUUAAAUACUGAAUAUAUAAUUAUUAUAAUUAUUAACUUAUCAAAUCCCAUCUGAAGUGGGCUUACCGAAGAAAGUGACUUGACUUCUAAGGAGGGGAGAAAGUGACCUAGAGAGGUCUGGGCUACGACAUCGUCCUCGAAUCUUUUCUUCUCAGUCUUCCGUAUGAUUGGGUGUGGAAUACUCGUGAUAUCAAGUAAAAAUAUUUCGUGAGAAGUUAAUUAUUACGUACAAACCACUCAGAAAUACCACGAACAUUGAUUCAGGCGAAAAACGGAACGUCUUUAUUUCGUUUACUUUUAUACAUUUCGCGAAAGGUUGAUGCUGGCCUUUCAGUUCCUGUAGCCAAGAUUAUAUCUACACUACAUUUCUUCUUCGGUCUCAAAACCAUGACGAGAAAGAUAGCCAUGCAAUUAUAUUCUUCAAUUAUGCUUGUCACGGUGAUAACAAUCGUUAGUACGAUAUCCGUUGUAUCAUCGUCGUCUUCCCAACCAAAUUUAGCAACUGUUACAAUAAAUCAUGGUCCAUGGGCAGAGGUUCUCGAAAAUUGGAUCACUCUUCAAUCUAACAACUCUCGGACCGGACGAGUGAUGAAGGUUGAUGAUAAGCUUGUGACAGUGACGACUAAAAUCCAAAAUACAUCAAAUAAAAGAGAAGUUACUGAAACCGAUCUUUAUCUACUUGGUGCCAUUGAAAAAUUGGUAUAUAGAGUAGAUCAUCUAGAAAAACGAGUAAGAAGAGCGGAAGAACUAUUAUACUACGUUAUUGCUGGGAACAAUAAAAUGAAAGAGCCUUGUCCUGCCAAUUACACGAGAAUGGGCCAAAACUGUUAUCACUUCAGCAAUCGUGAAUUUAACUGGAAAUCAUCGGCAAGCCUUUGCCGCGGUAUGGGUGGACACUUGGUUGAAUUUGACACGAUCGAAGAGAGCCAAGAUGUAAUCGCGGGUUUGACGUCGGACGCUAAGUUGAAGGGCAAAAAUUUCUGGACAGGUGGCUUGAAUCCAGGACUAUUAUGGAUCUGGGCCAGCAGUGCUAGACCAGUUCAUCAAGAUACUAAACAGCCCGUCAUUGGUGACGGCAGAUGCUUGAAAUUAACUUUCAACGCGUCGUCGAAAAUUUACUCGUACAGAGGUGAAGAUUGCGGCUCGAGACAAAGAUACCUCUGUGAAUUGACAGUCGAUGAUGAAUCAACAAACAGAAUCGAAAGAACCGCACGGUUAUUAAUUGAUAAGAAUAAUUAGAAGCAUUUUAAUGGCAGAUAAAAAUAGGAUAACAAAACAAACACAAAGAAUUGUAUUUAUCUGUAAAUAUAUAUUUUUAAUAAUUUAUAUCCCAAAAGUUCCAUAUUAAAAUUGUAUAAAUAAUUUCUUAAUCAUAA